UGAAUCCGGACAUAUUUGGUACUUGUCGUACCAGUGACUCGUAUAAAUAAAGUUGCGGAACUCGAGUCUCAUUCACUCAGCUCUCAUUCAAAACCCAACGAACUGGGUGUGUACGCGAUGGGACUGGGCAGCACCAGCGCCAGCGCCGAAACGUCGUCGUUGAUGAGCGAGUUCCUCCGGCAGGCCGGUGGAUCCGCCGUGGUGGACGGAGGGCUAGCGACGGAGCUGGAGCGCCACGGCGCCGACCUCAACGAUCCCCUCUGGAGUGCCAAGUGCCUCCUCACUUCCCCUCACCUUAUUCGCAAGGUACACCUUGAUUACCUUGAAGCUGGUGCAGAUAUUAUAAUCUCAGCAUCUUAUCAAGCCACAAUUCAGGGCUUUGAGGCUAAAGGAUUUUCUAGAGAAGAAGGUGAAACCUUGCUUAGAAGAAGUGUUGAAAUCGCCUGUGAGGCACGAGAUAAUUAUUAUGAAAGAUGUGUUGAAUGUUCAUCGAAUGACACUGGAGAUGGUAGAAUUCUCAAACAUCGUCCCAUCUUAGUUGCAGCAUCUGUGGGGAGCUAUGGGGCUUACUUGGCUGAUGGGUCUGAGUACAGUGGCAAUUAUGGUGAUGCAAUUACCUCAGAAACAUUGAAAGAUUUUCAUCGGAGAAGGGUUCAAGUCCUAGCAGAGUCAGGUGCUGACCUAAUUGCAUUUGAAACAGUUCCUAAUAAACUAGAAGCUCAGGCUUAUGCAGAUAUUUUGGAGGAGGAAGAUAUAAAGAUUCCUGCAUGGUUUUCUUUCAAUUCUAAAGAUGGUGUAAAUGUGGUUAGUGGUGAUUCCAUUCUUAAAUGUGCAUCCAUUGCCGAAUCAUGCAAGAAAGUUGUUGCAGUGGGAAUCAACUGUACCCCACCUAGAUUCAUUCGUGGACUGAUAUUAUCUAUUAAGAAGGUGUCAACUAAACCUAUAGUCAUAUAUCCUAACAGUGGCGAAAGUUAUGAUGCUGAGAAAAAGGAGUGGGUGCAACAUACUGGGGUUUCAGAUGAUGAUUUUGUGUCAUAUGUAGACAGAUGGUGUGAGGUAGGGGCUUCCCUUGUGGGAGGCUGUUGCCGAACAACUCCAAAUACCAUUAAAGCCAUAUACAGGACUCUUUCCAAUAGAUCUGCUGCUGCUCUACUCCCAUAGUAACUGUUAUGACACGCAGAGAAGAAAACUAAUGCUGAUGGUGAAAAGGCUUGCUCUGUCUGAAGAAAAUUCUUCUGGUUGUCAUGUGGGAGGAGGGCUUCUUUGAAGCUGAUGGGAUGAGGCAGUUUCCUCAUGAAGUUGCAUAUGUGAAUCUUAGAUCCAAGGGGAAUUCCACUUGUCUUGAAUUUUCACCUGUUUAAUAUAAAUUUAUGUUCCAAUUUUAUUUUGAGCA